AUGUUGGUGCGGAGUUUUUGCCUUCAACUGCUGAUUCUCCUGCAACUAUUUGAGUCACCCUGCCGCACUCAAGGAAAGUCCCUCAAAUACUUCCGGAACUUCAAAACUACAAAGGGAAAGUUCAGAAUAUUUGGAACCAAGAAGACAAACAUACAACCACUGUUGAUCAGUACAUGGAACUAUACGGAUGCCAAUCUGCAGGCAUGGAGUGUUUUGCGACAAGGACCUCGCCGGACUCGUCAGGCAGUGAUUCAGGGAUGCCUGGCCUGUCAAAAUCCCCGAUGCGGUGGCCAUUUCGGAGGAGGAUCAGCUCCAGAUUCGGAGGGAAAGUUAACCCUGGAGGCUGCCAUAAUGGAUGGCGAUGGUUUACGAUACGGUGCAGUUGCCGGAAUAGAGGGAGUUCGGAAUGCUAUUCUCGUUGCAGAUGCAGUUUUACGAUAUACGAAACAUACUCUCCUAGUGGGUAAGAGUGCAACGAGAUUCGGCCGAUCCAUGGGCUACAAAGAGGAUUACUCGAAUGUGCACGCAGAGAAAUUUCUGGAACAGUGGAAAUCGAAUGAAUGUCAACCGAAUUUCUGGCGGGAUGUUCACCCAUCGCCAACGGAGAACUGUGGUCCCUAUUUACCCUUACCCCAGCAUAUGCAUCAGCAGCCGAUGCAUCCGGAAUACCCCAUCGUCCAGGGUCAACAUGAUCAGCUGGCCCUACUAGCCCUGGAUGAGGAGGGCAAAUUCCACGUGGCCAGCCAAUCGACUGGUGCUCAAUUUCGAAUUCCCGGCAGAGUAGGUGAUUCGGCAGUGCCAGGCGCUGGGAUUUACGCGGAUAAUGAAGUUGGUGGCGCCGUGGCCAGUGGUGAUGGCGAUGUCCUCAUGCGACACCUUCCUGCCUUCCUGGCCGUCGAGGCACUAAGAACGGGUAAGAGCCCGCACCAGGCCGCCGAGUGGGUGGUGCAACGGCUGCUAAAACACAAUACGGAAUUCAAUGGAGCCGUGGUGGUGGUCAAUCGACGUGGCGUCUAUGCCGCCGCCUGUGCAGGACUCGAUGAGUUCCACUUCGUUGUAAGCGGAGGUAAAGGAUAUCUCAGCAUGGCGCGAGUGGAGAGGAUCAAGUGUCUGGAGCGAGAGGUUGAAGUUGUGGAUGGUGGACCCAGGGGGUUAUUUCGCAUCAUUCCCGAUAAGCAAGUGGUGCCUAAGGCAGGUGGUAAAAGAAACGGGGAUAAGAGUUAG